GACUGAGACCUUCUGACGUCACGAGUAGCAACAAAGGCGAAGGACGAGAAGAGGAAGUAACUGCGCUUUAGAAUUUCUCCGUGUUUUAUCGAGUCUGAACGAAUUACUGGCGAUUCUGAACGAUGGGGGCAGUAUUGGGAGUGUGUGGUGCAGCCCAGCUGGCAUGUUGCUGUGGAUCAGCAGCGUGCAGUUUGUGCUGCGCUGCGUGUCCAUCAUGCAAGAACUCCACCUCCAGUCGCAUCAUGUAUGCCGUGAUGAUGUUGCUAGGUACCAUUGUGGCCUGCAUCAUGCUCUCACCUGGCCUUCAAACUGCACUUGAAAAGGUUCCUUUUUGCGAGCAAGAAGGUGCUGAAGCUUCCAUUACAGAUGCUGUCACCAAUACUGUUCAGUUGGAUUGCUCUGGGAUUGUAGGCUACUUGGCUGUGUACCGAUUGUGCUUUGCGAUGUCACUUUUCUUCUUUGUGAUGGCGCUGCUCAUGGUGGGAGUGAAAUCCAGCAAAGAUCCUCGGGCUGCAAUCCAGAAUGGCUUCUGGGGGAUCAAGUAUCUGAUAUUGAUCGGAGCCAUUGUUGGCGCAUUCUUCAUUCCGCAUGGACAGUUUGGACAAGUUUGGAUGUACUUUGGAAUGAUUGGUGGAUUCCUGUUCAUCCUCAUCCAGUUGGUGCUCAUCAUUGACUUUGCCCACUCUUGGGCAGAGGCUUGGGUCGAUAAAUAUGAGGAAACGGAGAGCAAGGGAUGGUACUGUGCCUUGCUCUCCUGCACCUUCUUCAACUAUGCACUGGCCAUCACUGCUGUGGUACUUUUCUACGUUUUCUACACCACGACUGACAGCUGCAGCUUGCAUAAAUUCUUCAUCUCCUUCAAUUUGAUCCUUUGUGCCAUUGUGAGCAUUAUCAGCAUCCUGCCCAAGAUCCAGGACUCCCAGCCCCGCUCUGGACUCCUUCAGGCUUCAGUGAUCACACUGUACACCAUGUACCUUACCUGGUCUGCCAUGACCAAUGCUCCUGACAAGAACUGCAAGCCUAACUGGGACUCACUCUUAGAUAAUGAAGGACAAGCCACCCCUACUGAUGAGCCACCAAAGAACCAUGAACCAACCUUUGAUGGAGAAUCCAUUGCCUCUCUUGUUAUUUGGUUCUGCUGUGUGCUCUACUCAUCCAUCCGCACUGCCUCCAACUCCCAAGCCUCAAAGCUCACCAUGUCUGACAAGGUUCUCCUUAAGGAUGACUCCACCCGCCGGAACUCAGGAGACAUUCCUCUGGUGACCAGUGAGGUGCAGCAAGGUGGUGCAGGUGAUCCAGAGGCUGGUGAUGGCCACCACGUGUGGGACAAUGAGGAUGAGGGUGUGGCCUACUCAUGGUCCUUCUUCCACAUCAUGUUUGGGCUGGCCACUCUGUACGUCAUGAUGACCCUCACCAACUGGUUCACCCCCAACUCUAACCUCACCACUCUCUCUAGCAACAUGGCUGCAGUUUGGGUCAAGAUUGUGUCCAGCUGGAUCUGCCUGGCCCUGUACACAUGGACAUUGGUGGCCCCAAUCAUUCUCUCUAACCGUACCUUUGACUAAGCUUAACCAGCGACUCCCACCACCUCAGUGGGAAGCAGUCCACUACUGCAGGAUGGAUAUUUCAACAAGUAAUUCUUUUUGUCUUUUUUGUCUCUAUAUGUAGAUUGCAUUGGAUGUCGUAUAUAUAUUCUCAGAUAGUCACCUACUUGUGUUGGAUGUUUUGUUUAGAUAUUUUGAAGAAACGGUAGGAUUUGGUCAAUAUUAAGAUGACUAUGUACUAGUUAUAAUAUACUCGUAUACCUUACUGAGAUGCUGCAGUGUUAUCACCUACUUUCGGUAACAACACAGUGAAUAAACAAGAAGUCUCUUAAUUUGCCCCUAAACUUAUUGUAGAUUUCAGUAUUUGUCAAAUGUGACUGUGAAGUAGUUUUCUUAGGAAAAUGUUUUCUCCUAGUCAUAUCACACAUAAGUUCAUCAUUUAUGUCAGGAUGACAGAAAUUAGUGUCAACUUAAAUUCAGGAAUGUUAUGUGAUUAAUAUUAAGUAUGUUAUUUGUGAACUGUUUGACUGGUAUAGUGGUAACAUUUCCAAAACUUGACACUGACUUUUGUCACAUUUGUGUUGUUCCAUGAUGGGAACCACUGGAUUUUGAAACAGGUUAGAUAUGUUACUGACAUAUCUGUCAGAGAAAAGUUCUAUUGCCAUGUUCUGAUCAUUUCCAGUUUUCAGUUAGGAAUCUGUGAUAAAUAUUUUACUCUACUGACAUAUGGGACUAUGAGGAGCUUGCAUUAUAUUAAUUUGUAUUUGAGUGUAAUUGUUUACUUCUCAAAACAUUGUCUAAAUUUUUUUCAUAUGUUUUUACUUUUUUAAAAUUAACAUGUCAGUUUAAUUUAGCUCCCUUACCCAUGCUGUUUUGAGGCUGGGUAUGUGUGUGUGUGUGUGUGUGUGUGUGUGUGUGUGUGUGUGUGUGUGUGUGUGUUUAGUUAUUUAGUUUCACAAAUACUGUAAGUCCUUGUUUGAUUGCUUUACUCCAU